CGUCAUCGCGAUAUUUGCAUAGCAUAGUUGUGGAUGGAAACAGGCAACCUGGACAUCAAAUUUGCUGAAAAUACUUCUUGAAAAUGAUCAAUUCUGAGGCGACAGGAGUGGAUUUAUACGUGUUUUAAUUGUUUGAGUUUAGGCCCAGUAUGCAUGGGUCAUGUAGGUGAUGACGUCAACGAAUUUUACUCCCCGGAUCGGUAGAAAUUCAAGAUGCUGACGGGAGCGUAUUCGCAAAAAUUCAAGGAUUUGGAGCCGGAUCGUCUGGCCAGAUCCAGCAGUAGUGACAGCCUGAACCAUGCUCAACAGCUAGCUGCCAGAGACAAGGUUCGUCAGCUGUCACUGGAGACCAACAGAAGACGCAGGGCUGCGGAGUUGAAGAGGCGCCUAGAGGCUCAGAAGGAGGCCAAGAGGAGACAGGAGGUGUUGGAGGAGAGACGGAGGAGACAGCAAGAGGCGACUCAGAAGUACCAGAGGGGUCAGAGGGGGUCGCCCAAAACAGGACCAAGGAUUACCUCAGGUAAAGCGUACAGUGACUCCAGACUGCAUGAUGGCGUUAACAUCGCCAGAGGGUACAGUCAGAAUGCGACUUACGCAGGUAACUAUAGCAACCGAGCCCCGGCAUUGGAAGAGGCACUGCGCAUGGUGGGAGUCAACACUGCCCCGGCCGGUUCCACUAUCUACAGGGGAGGUGGAUACGCAGGAGGGACGGAUUAUACCACUGAUUACAGAGAGGGUUACAAUGAUACGGGGGUGGCUUUCAACCAUGAGGUGCCGAUUAGGAGGCCAGUAGUUGACACCAAUGGUAACAAUGUGAGUGAAAAUAAGGGUCACCAUUACCAUGGUUACUCAACGAUGGCAACGUCAACAUACAACAGCAACGUCAACCGUGACGCGACCAGUGCGCAGUUUCAGCAGACAUUACAUGAAAAGCAGAAGCAGCUCAUGGAACAGCAGCAGGCUGCGCUGAACGAGUUCAACCAGGCUGUGCUGAAUGAGACAUUACCGUCCCAGGGGGAGGAGCAGCAGCUCCAACGUAGCAGCAGCCUGUCCAGCGUGGACAGUCUGGAAGAGGAACAGCCAAAGAAGCAUCUCAUCUUCGAUGGUCGCAGGCAGCAGCCUGGACCCGCUGCUAACAAGUCCGUCCACACUAGUAAACCAAAAACUGAUGGAAGUGCCGUCCAAACUAGAACUACUUAUGGGAAUAACUACUCGAGGCCAAACGAAGUUGAAUCCGGACAGAGUGCAAUAUCUGAUAAUCGCUUGUUCACGUCCCAAGUCACAUCUGAGCAGCAGCAUCCCCACUCUGCACACAGAGGAUUGAGCAAUGGAGAGCUGCUUGUGGAGGAGACUAGCGAGAGCGAUUUUGUCCGUGAACCCGUCGAAACCAAACCCACGCUCCUUCAAGGGACCAAUGAGUUGCAUUCACAACACCUGUCCUACGGACCAUACUCAACCAGGACAUCACAAGCUUGGACCACACAGGCACCCACUGAAACUCAGCAUUUCCACCACUACGAUGCUAGCCACUCACCCAUAAAGUAUACAACUGGGCCAGUGAGUGUCCAUGCAGGGCACCGGCCAUUCUCGGCUCGGACCACGGCUACAGCCACUUACCCAGCCAGAGUUCCCGAACCUCCCGUCGACCACCACUAUGGCGGACAGCAGAAACUUGAGCAAACCGUGCCAAACAGGGCAAUCAAUAUGUCAAAAUACAGCGGCAGUAAUCAUGAGGAUUCAAACUACACAAGAUCAAAGUAUGGCAUGUUAAGCAGCACCCCUCAAGCCGUAGAUUUUCAAGUUGCUGAUGGACCUACCCAAACAUCCAAUCACCCCCGAGAAGAUGGUCCAGGCACAGAAAAACUCGACAGUACUCUAGAAACACCGGAAAAGAUAGUGAAAAGCAUCUUGAAGCGUGGCCAGGGAUACAGUUUGACACCACAGAAAGUGAAACUCGGAGAUAUGAAGGUCAGGGACAGUUUGGAGAUAUCUCGGGCAACUCAAAUGACCAAAGCUGACCGUAAGUCAGUCAGAUGGACAGAUCUGAAAUACGCAGAGAUGGAGGAAGAUCUGAAAAUGGAAAAGGAACAAAAAGUAUCUAUUGAAUCUGCUAAGACAGAGAGAUCAAACUCUGCUGGCACUGGACAGAAUGAUGUUGGAAGAGGUCAGCUCAAAAGUGAACGCCAAAGUACAAGUGCCGGCCCACCACCAAGGGGUCCAACGAAGCUUCGACGGAGGACCCACAAUGCAUCCAAGCCACCUCCUGGCCGCUCAAACUCUAGCACUUCAGGGAAAAAGGUGGAAUCCGAAAACCCCCAAGUAGUGUCCAGGGUCAGUGGAAAAAUAAUAACCCACCAGCAGGAAUCGACCAACAAGCUCACCCCAGCUUCCGCCGAUGACGGCAGGCAGUACAAGAAUGGAAUCCGUCUGGAUAAGACUCCCACCGACGACGAAAUUAACUGGCUGUGGGAUAAAGUUCGGACGUGCCUGAACACCCAGGAGCAAGGAAUAUCUGGCCCUGAUUCGGACACCUCAAGCAGGCAGCCAGCUAGUGUGUCCAAGCAGUGCAUAGAUGGGAACCGGUUAACGGCCAAUCUCAGGGUGUCAGCCCAGGGUCACGUGACCGACCCCCACGACCAUCCGUUGACCAAUCAAAAGAAGUACAACACUUACCCAAGAUUUCGGACCAACAGCGACUCCGGUACUGCGUCGCUCCGCAAGACGGCAUUACUGCAUCAGCGGAGACAACACAACACUGUUGGGAACCUACGUCCCGGGUACCAGGGAAGGAGUAAUCAGCAUUACGCAGGUCCGGUACCCGGACUUCAGCCAAGCCCUCCUUCCUCUGGGAGUCAUCAUCAACCGGGCCCGACUGCCAGCAAUCAAGGACCCAGCAGAACAGUUGGCGGAUUACCUCAAGGUCAAAACCAAGAAGUGAGUGAUAGUUUGUUGGCGUUCCAGCAAGCAGAGCGUCUAGCCGCCCAGGAGAACCUGUCAGAGUCUGAAAUAGCGGCCGCCAUGGAACACCGGAAUAACCAAGCAUUCAUGCAGAAAGCACCCACUGCCUUGUCCUUGGAAGAGCAGAGAAUUCUGGAGUCUCUGGACAAGCUGAAUGCGCAACUGAGAACUGUGACCUCAGACACUGAUGCAGCGAUCCAGCCGUACACGAUGCAGCCAAAACCACCUCCUCAGGGUGCAGGACUCCGUAGCCAGCGUGCAAUCAGUGCGCGACAACGAGCGGUAGCGGACCCAAACCUAGCCCACCGGACAAGGACUCUCUCAGCCGAUCGGAGUAACGCCAGGAUCAACUACUACCACUGAGGAGAGAGGAGAGCAAGACAUCUAUCUGUCAUAGACUUGAAGAAGUUCCUUGAGAUAGGGCCCAGUUGUCUCGGGAUUGAGAAUACUGUGAUUCUAACUAUUCAUGGACUGACACAAGUCGAGGAUUGUGGCAAC